AUACUGAUAGUUCCAACUCAUAAAAUCAUAAAAGUAUAAAGCUAUACAAACGGGUUUGACCCCAGCCCCAGGACACGUCUCGUGAGCAGCUAUACGAAGUCUUUGCUCAUUUCGUAUAGCACUUAAGCUAAGCAUUUAACUUUUGGUUAUGCAGUUGGCAAAACAGGGCAACUUAGUAAGCUGCAAAGGGGCAUUUUACCUAAUUUUAUUCAUAUGACAAAUGUCAAAGUCCAGCCCGAUGAAAAGGUUUUAAAACGAAUACUUUUCGCCCCAUUAAAACAAGGUUCCCCUUUCGAAAAACCAAAUAAUCCUUUUAAAAAACAGCUCAGCUCGUGUGACAGCUCUUUGCUAUUAAACUAUAUUUUGAUUGUUGAUUUCGUGUUUCCCUGCAGGGCACACGCCACCAGGGGGCCGAAGGAGCCAUGCUCCCCACUUUUUGGCAAACAAAAAUAUUUCCACUACUAUGUUUUGUUGUUUUGAAGCACUCAAUUUGCCCUUUACGAUUUCCAAAAGCACUAGCGACAAACUCAAGUUGUUUGUUUGUUACAACAGCGUAUUGUACAACGAGACUACCACUUUCGCAAUUUUUCAAGUGUUCUAUUGAUCAGUGAGUCUAGCUCCUCCAUUGAGCUCCCCGAUGUUUACGUCCUGUCAGGAGAACGAGCCGUGUAUCAUUGUUUUUGUCCAGAAACAAUGUUGGCAAAGUAGUGCACUGAAGCCUGCAGGGAGAACGUCAUUGUUUGUUUACAGCACUGAUUUUGUGUAAACAAGAAUUCACCAAUAGGUUUUCUGAUCAUUUGUCGUUUGGGAAUACAAGAAUGACUCAGUCUGAAUCUGGAUAUAAUAGAUUUGCCCUGCGACCGACGCUUUCCAUGGAAAUGGUAAAACAGCUUGCUGGAGAUGUCUUUGGCCUAAAUGUGGAUUCUGCAGACCCAAUCGAAGAACUUUGUGCCUAUUUAGAUAGAAAUUAUUGCAUUUCGGGAAAGCUUUCCUUCCCGGAGGAAGCAGUUGUAAGGACUGCAACUGCAAAAGCUGUGACAAAUAAUCCGAGAGACGGGAAUAUAUCGAAAAGAUAUGUGUUGAAGGUGGUGAACGCGAAUGAGACAUUCUUUAGAGGUGAAUCUACGCUAGAUGGCACAGACGAAUGCAUAAUGUACCUGCACGGAGCAAUUGGAAAGCAUGUCGAUAUACCAAUGCCGCAAAAAACGACCAAUGGGACAUACAAGAAGUUGGUUUGUGUUCCAACCAAGAGAUCGUGUUUAGCUGAUGAAUUUAUCAAUGCAGCUGAAGAAUUAGCUAUUGAAGAAGGUCUUUUGGACCGCGAAUCAGCAAGUGAAGACAAAAAGAAAAAUAUAGUGCAAGUGCCUCAUUAUAUCAGGCUCCUCACAUACAUUGAAGGAGUCGUUUUGGGCAGGACCAUUCCAACCAACGAAUUGCUGCUACACGAGGCUGGAAAGCUAGCUGCCAAGGUUUCAUCUGCACUUCAGCAUUUUACGUGUACAGCAUUGGAGAGGAAGUGGUCGGUAUUCGAUAUCAAAUACUUGGAUGUUCUUGGCACUGAAAAAUAUCUGAACGCAGUGCCAGGUAUGCAGCUAAGGAGGAGCAUUGGGUCUUUUCUUCAGAAAUUUAACAAUGCAAUAACGCCAUUCAAAUCUUCUUUGCCAACGCAAAUGAUUCAUUCUGAUAUCAGUGAAAAUAACAUAAUCAUACCAAGCGAAGACAAUGGAUCGAGGAUCUCUGGAUUGAUAGACUUUGGUGAUCUGAUUCAUUCAUAUCGUCUAAGUGAAAUCGCUAACUGCAUGGCUCAUAAUGGCACCAGGAGAGGCAACCCGAUAGAAGAUUGUGGGAUUGUUUUAUCUGGUUACUUAUCAGAGUGUGAACUGACCGAAAGCGAGUUCGGCUGUUUGUAUUAUUUUGUCAUAGGUCGUUUGCUACAGUGUGCGGUACUGGGCUUUCAUACUAUGACGAGACAAGGGUUUUCACAAAACAAUUAUGUUUUGGAUUUAACAGAAAGGUCCGUAAAAUCGUUUAAGCUUUUUCUGGAUCAUUUACACGACGAAAAACAAAUUGUAGACAGUUGGCGAAAGAUUGGUCAGUAGCUGCCUUUACAGAUGUACACUAAUUGAUUUUAUCGAUCUUACUAAGCUGUUUACUAGUAAACAUAUAGAAUAGAUGACCCGACAAUUUCUUACCUUGCCUUAUGAUGCGAGAAAAAUUGACCACCAUUUCAUUUAUCUUAUUGAAAGACGGGGGCCUAUUAAAAGUUUGCAGCUGCGAGGGCGCAACCUUUUUCCUACGUGUGGCCUACGGAUUUGGCGAUGGAGUUUUCUGCGGAUUGCGGCUUCUGCAUAGGAUGCGUCUUGCACCUUUCUGUGUCAAUUGGCAACUGUUUAUGGCUGUUAGGAUUUGAACAAAAUUCAACAACCAAUAGAUGACAAAUAGGGUUUGGAUCGACGCAUGUUUGUGAGACAAGGGAGUGAGAGCCAUAAAGCUUGGUACACAGUUAUUUUCAGCAAUGUUUUCCUUCUCUUAUUAGCGAGUGGUUUCCUUUUUGUGUCAGUGCACGUUUCGCUAUCGCGGCCGCGUCUUUUGACUUGUUUUUGCACGAUUUUACGGCUUUUGAACCGCCUAUAAUAGGUCCCCAAAAACUCUUGAAAGUAUUAUAAAGGGCGGAUUUUCCCCACAGAUUUUAUAUUCGAUUUUCCUACUGUUGAGAAGAUUGAGCCAAAUAGCACACUGGAAUUUGGUUUUUCAAAUACUACUAUUUUGCAUAGCUAUUUAUGCAUAUGACUAAACUUUUGUGAAUCUCGCACCAACACACGCACCCACCAAUUCUCUUUAUUAAAUCAUUUAAACAAACGCGUAGAGCCUGGGCUCUAAAUUUCGUCACCAUGAUUACCUUAUUGUUUAUUAAUUCUAUACACGUGCUUCCAACACCUUUUUAGCGGGUAUCUAAUGUAAUUUGAGUACAUUGAUUUUUUUUAUAAAAACGUUUUACAGAGAAAACCAUUGCUGCUAAGUAGUUCAAACGACUAACAGUACUAGCUCACAAUAUUUAAAAAAUUUUCAGAUGCUUAUUCUGAAGUUAUGCAAUCAUAAAUACUACGUUGAUUCAACAUAACUAAAUAGUUAACAAAUUGUAUUGAAGUUUCAACAUUAUCUGGUUACAAAUAAAGGAAAUCGCAUUACAUUAGUUUUCUAUUUCAUCAUCCUUUUCUGCAAGCCCCAGAAAUCAAGAAAAUUAAAAGAGCUGAAAUCGUGCGAAAAAUUGAGCACAGAAUUUGGCAAAUUCGUUUAAAGGAGUCAGCAAAAAAUAGUUUGAAAAAGAAUUUGGUAGUUUGAGCUUACGAGAUCUGUGCUGGAAAAGAGCAAUCUUAACAGACCUGUUUUGAAGUCUAAAAUGGAUUUCUCAUUCGAUUUUUCAAACUCUUUUGUAAAGGCAGUGCCAAAAGUUUACCGUUGCCACGAGGUGUGUUCUAUUCACCUCAUUGACCGUUGCCAAUUCAAUGCUAGUUGUCAAAUGAAAGCUCAUAUUCAAAAAGUCAGUUUUAUGAUCUUGAACCGAUAGGAAUCAGUCAGUUUUACGACUUGUAUAUAAUUUAAAGGCAAUAAAAUUCUGACUGGCCUAGGUCUUCUUUCUUGGCUACAUAACGCUACAAUUUUGAAUGGUAUUCCUCUUCUCGCAAUGGGGUUGAAACUCUAUGCUCCUCGCAAAAUUCAGAACGUAGCAAAGUACACUAUUGCCUAACCUUAAAUUUUAUAUAAAAAUCCUCAUCAAAGGAAAAAAGAAGCAUUUUCCUUGGAAAAGCUCCCUUGGAUGUACACAAUGUCAUUCAGCAUUUGCACCUCUGCAAUGUCAUGACAUGAAAAUUAUUUUACACAGUUUUUCCAGAAGCACUUUACCUCCAGAACCACUUAAGCAACGUUAAAAGGUACACUUGGGGCUUAAUAACGCUUGACGAAAUUUUUUUCAUAGAUAUUUGAUUCAAAAGAACUCUAAGUUCAAGGAACUGAUAUCCAAAAGUGCACCUGUGACGACCUGUUUUUCACGUCGCCGUUUAACCUUGUUUAAUGUUUUUCCAGAAAUGUUCGGAUAGGUAUCUCUCUUUGCGCCCUUCAUGUUGCGUUAAUUUGUGUAUAGAACAAGUCUGUAAU